GCUCAUUCCGAGGAAGAACUCCCUCCAGUCUAUCGCAUACAACCCCAGCAACUUAUCCCCCACCUCUCCGGCCCCUUCUCUCCGUCUCUCUCUCAAACCCUACGAGGCGAGGGGAGACGAAGCGAUGCAGGCGGAUUAGAAAGCGCGAAACAAGCGGUGAGAUCAGGACCCCCAACUUGUUUUUGUUUUUCGAUCCUCGGGUCUGCUCUCGAUUUUUCUGCGACCUGUGGAGAGCUGAGGAUUUCUCGGGUUCGAUCCCGAGCUUCGUCGGCUGAUCUCGAUGCCUGCCGCGUUUUUCUCGGCAGCUGAGCUUGCGUUGGCCUGAUCGACCUGAUGCUCCCGGGGUUCCAGGAGCAGCUGGAGAUUCUAGAUGCCUUGUUCUUUUUCAAGUUUCUGCAUGAUGGAGAAGAAACAUACGGGUUCCAUUUGUAAAUAUUAUUGAUAGGACUUUUAGUCUUAAGUCGUUAGUGAAAAUCAGUAUCAGGACCAACAUGGGGGCCAAUUGCUGUGUGGCUGUGAAAGACAAACACUUGCCUAGCCCAGCUCAGUUUGAUGUUUCAACAUAUAGGACUGUAAGACACUCCCCCACAUGGAGCUUUCGGUGGGACAACAGAACACACAUAGAGGAUGUGAUAGAUAAUGCUGCUCAAUUUUGUCAUCAACAUAGUGGGAAUACUGGACUUGAAAUUAAAAGCGAGUCACCCACCGAGGCUGAAAGUCCUUCUGACAGUGGUAGUCCAUCAAAUGCUUUCCAGUUACAAAAGCAGCAUAUAUCUCCAAGUAGAACUGGAACUGCUGGGAAGUUAAAAGAUGUUGCUGCAGAUGAUCAAUUCUUUGGAAGGAAUUCAUCCCCUAAGAGUAAGGGGUCUCCCAAGUCAUCGUGCUUAGCAAGCACUUCAGAUAUCAAUUUAUCAAUCUCAGUGCCUUCAACUCCUUCCUCAUCUUCAUUUAAAGCAGAUCCAUCAACCUCCAGAAGCCGUUCUCUACCUUCUGAUCCAACUUCAUCAAGGAAAGCAUGCAGAUCACCAGGCUACCAACUCUGUCGGCAGAUCUCUGACAGCAGGAUACCAUCUCUGCAAUCCCGUAAUGAGAACAGCUCUCCUGAAGGAAGAAAAUCCUUUGUGCUCUCUUUCUGCAGCAAUGACUUGUCCACAGGAGGUUCUCAUGGUGGGUCUUCUGAUGGCUGGUCCAUGUGUACCUUCUCUGAGCUUGUGGCUUCUUCAAACAGAGAGAGAUUGUCGUUCGACAGUGAUAACCUUAAUUUCUUUAGCAGCCAAUUAACAGAAUCGAAUCCUCAGCAAACAACCCAAGUCUUUCCUGAUCAGCAAACUUGCAGAGUAUGCUCAAAGCAGCUAACAAAGCAUUGUGUGGUUGCUGUUUUGGUUUGUGGACAUCUUUAUCAUGCUGAAUGUUUGGAGAAAAUGACGAGUGAAAUCGACCAAUAUGACCCAACCUGCCCCGUUUGUACUCAUGGAGAAAAGGCGGCAUUAAAGCUGUUCACGAAAGCUGAAUCAAAGGCUAAAAACAAACUCUCUAGGAUUGGAAUAGCUGACAGUGAUGCACAGGCAGAUGCACUCUGUGAUCACCAAAACAGGGCUGCAGAAGGACCCAGGAUGGAGGCCAGUUCUAACAUGAAAUCUUCUUUUGGCAGGCCAUUUCUGAGGCGACGUUUCUCUUUUGGUAGACCUUCAUGGUCAGCAUCUGAAAGUGAAGCUAACAGGAAGAAAGGUUUCUGGGAAAGACGCCGGAGGGAGUGAUUGCAACCUUGCAUUGUUCCUUCAUAACAUGGGUGCGCAUAUGGUAGUCACUAUUUGAGUGCCCAAGCAGGGAAAGCAUGUACAUGUUCUCUCCGAGAAGCUGGAAAACAGACAGGGCAAGCACUUGUUUCUGCUGAUGUGGUCGAAGCUCCUGGCAUUAGCUGAUUCGUCUCUUGCCUUGGACUCAGCAUCGUAUUUCUUGAUUUUCCGCUCUAUAUAAACUUGAAUGUGGGAAAGGGAAAAUCAUUGCAGGCUAGCAUCCAGUUUAGGUUGGUACUGAUAAGUAGCAGUCAAAGUUCAAGGCCUUGGAUAUCUCUUGAAGCCUUCGACGCAUCUCUUUAUCAUUUUGUGCCCCUACUUAUCUGGGAAAAUGUUACAUUAGCAGAGUCCAUUGUCAGUAGUUGUUCGCCCACCAUCUUUGCUUUAAGAUUUGAUGGAGGUAGCAUGGUCUGAUAUA